AUGCAAGAAUUGUUUAUAGAAGAGGAUUUUAAUUUGAGAACGAAAGAGGACCACGCCGUUCAAGUUGAACUCGUUGAGACUACUCCAACAAACUUUUUAAAGGAAUUUUAUUCCCAAAAAUGUGGUGUAACAUUUCGAAGUAAACUCAUUGAGGCACCGUUCUUUGACGUUACUUAUAAAGUAUUUGUUGAGACAUUGCGUAGAUGAGAGAUAUUUUUCCCUUGCGAUGCUCAACAAAAACAUUGAAAAAUUCCCUCUAGGCUACGCCCAUAAGAAAGUACAGAGAGAAAGUGCUACCAACUUGGGACAAACGGCAUAAAAAAUUGUGGCUACUCGCCUCUAUUCUCCUGAUGAUCCUUGCGAAGUACGUGGACAAAAACAGCACCCCUUGGGAAUAG